AAAAUGUUUUUAAUACAAUUAAAAACAUUCUGACUACGUAUAACCGUUUCUCAAAAAAUUUUUUGAAAUUGUAUUAAAAAUAUGAAUUAAAAAAACGAAAUAUAUUAUGCUAUUCAUCGUCGUCCUGUGUUUGGCGUUGUUCACGUCACCGUCCGCCACCGUUGCCGCUCCUGUGAUAAUGGCCACCGACGGACUGGCUGACAACAGUAACUUUCGACUCUGGCCGCGGCGAUCGUCACCACCCGACGCCUUUGUCCCCACGUGGAUGGCUGCCGAAGGACCGACUGACAACCAAAACUUUCAGCCUUGGUCACCAUAUCACUACCAGUGUGACCACCACGCAAAGGUGACCAAGUCCACCCCAGAUGUGUUCCACAACAGGAUAGGCCUUCACCACGACCGCUCAAGCAUGGUAACCAAGUUCACCCCAGCCGUGUUCCUCACCAGGACAAACCAUUACCACUACCGCUCGAGCGUGGUAACCAAGUCUACCCCAGCUAUGUUCCACACCAGGGCAGGUCAUUACCACGACCGUUCAAGCAUGGUAACCAAGUCCAUUCCAGCCAUGCUCCACACCAGGGCAAACCAUUACCACUACCACUCGAGCGCGGUAACCAAGUCUACCCCAGCCGUGUUCCACACCCGGGCAAACCAUUACCACUACCACUCGAGCGCGGUAACCAAGUCUACCCCAGCCGUGUUCCACACCAGGGCAAACCAUUACCACUACCGCUCGAGCGUGGUAACCAAGUCUACCCCAGCUGUGUGUCACACCAGUGCAGGCCAUUACCACGACCGCUUAAGCGUGGUAACUAAGCCUGACUCAGCUGUGGUCUACACCAAGGCAGACCAUUACCACGACCGUUCGAGCGUGGCAACUGAGUCUGACUCAGCUGUGGUCUACACCAGGGCAGACCAUUACCACGACCGCUUGAGCGUGGUAACUAAGCCUGACUCAGCUGUGGUCUACACCAAGGCAGACCAUUACCACGACCGUACAAGCGUGGCAACUGAGCCUGACUCAGCUGUGGUCUACACCAGGGCAGACCAUUACCGCGAUCCCUCGAGCGUGGUAACCCAGUCUACCCCAGCCGCAGUCUACACCAAGGAAGACCAUUACCAGGACCGUUCGAGCGUUAUAACCGAGCCCCACCAGGCCUCAGCAUACAUCAGGAAUCAACAAGAUCACUCAACCACGGUCACCGAUGACAAACCUAGUCCCUACCCGAAUAAUCAUAUUGAGCUGCAGCCGCCGUCAUCGAUGGAAAAUACUGUUGCAGAAGACAUUUCGGCGUACGCCCGUUAUUAUGACGAAUCUGGAGAAGACUUCGUCGACGACGACUACUACUCGUUGUACGGUUUCGUUCCGGUUAUUUUUCUGGUGACGUUUGUGUUGUUGUAUCCGAGUUUUUAUUGCUAUAGUACUCGAAGAAAGAAAACAAACGGUUUUUAUUUGCAAACAAAUAGCUGCAGUUGUAAAGCUAAAUAUAUUUUAUGUUCGGAAUAAUCGCGUUUACGACGUUAGGUAUAAUUAUAAUAUUUAAAACAGAAAAAUAUAUAUUUGCUGUUUUAAAUAUCAUAAAUUAUAACGUCGUAAACGCGAUUAUUUCGAACAGAAAAUAUAUUAAGCUUUACAACUGCAGUUAUUUGUUUUGUCAAAUAAAAACCGUGUUUUCUUUCUCCGAGUACUAUAGCAAUAAAAACUCGGAUACCCCGAUUUUUGGCCUGCUGAUAAGGCCGGUUGCUUACUACCUAUACAAAUAAACACUCGGAUACACGCAGACAUCGCCAGAAAAAUUAUCGGUAGCUGUGAUCGUCUGUUGUACGAACAAGACGUAUAAGGUAGCAAACUCACCGGGCGAAACGUCUUCCGGAACCAUCAUCUCGUCCAGAGGCGACGGCGUACUGUUCCGGAUAUCUGACGACGGUUGUUCGGGCAGGGAUCGCCUGUAGUGUCGUGUAACCGCGGUAAUGAACAGAACUACCAGCUGGUGUUGCUAUGAAAAUGGAAAGACAGAAACUGCAACACAAAAUACUUAAUAUGUUUAUCAAUUGUUAUCAUAAUAAAAUACUCUUAUUAUAGAAAUAUUGACAAAAACAUUUACAAUCCGUAACCUUAUUCAGUACACGAAUUCAGUGCUUAGAUUUAAAGUAUGAUCUAAGAAAUACGAUGGGGGUCCCACACUUAAACACUAAUUAUUCAAUGAGAUACAGGCGUUUGAAAAUAUGUUUUACGCGUAAAUGUGUCUCAUUCGACACAACGAUUUAAAUCGUUAAAGAUACAAUUUAUAAAAACAUUUUAUAUAACUUAAUUUUUUUUUAUAUUAAUGACACUGGUGUGAUUAUAGUUUUGAUAUACUUUCUAGAUUUUUUAUAAAAGAUAAAUUUAUUAAAGUAAAUUUUGUAAAAAUUGGUUUAUACGGCAGUAAACUUGCGGACUCAAUAAUAUUGUACUUGUACUUAAUUACAACUUAUAGU